AUGCACACGUGCGGGAGGGAGUGCAAGGCAUUGGAGGAGUGCAAGGCAUUGGAGGAGUGCAAGGCAUUGGAGGAGUGCAAGGCAUUGGAGGAGUGCAAGGCAUUGGAGGAGUGCAAGGCAUUGGAGGAGUGCAAGGCAUUGGAGGAGUGCAAGGCAUUGGAGGAGUGCAAGGCAUUGGAGGAGUGCAAGGCAUUGGAGGAGUGCAAGGCAUUGGAGGAGUGCAAGGCAUUGGAGGAGUGCAAGGCAUUGGAGGAGUGCAAGGCAUUGGAGGAGUGCAAGGCAUUGGAGGAGUGCAAGGCAUUGGAGGAGCAGUUGGAGGAGUGCAAGGCGUUGGAGGAGUGCAAGGCGUUGGAGGAGUGCAAGGCGUUGGAGGAGUGCAAGGCAUUGGAGGAGUGCAAGGCAUUGGAGGAGUGCAAGGCAUUGGAGGAGUGCAAGGCAUUGGAGGAGUGCAAGGCAUUGGAGGAGUGCAAGGCAUUGGAGGAGUGCAAGGCAUUGGAGGAGUGCAAGGCAUUGGAGGAGUGCAAGGCAUUGGAGGAGUGCAAGGCAUUGGAGGAGUGCAAGGCAUUGGAGGAGUGCAAGGCAUUGGAGGAGUGCAAGGCAUUGGAGGAGUGCAAGGCAUUGGAGGAGUGCAAGGCAUUGGAGGAGUGCAAGGCAUUGGAGGAGUGCAAGGCAUUGGAGGAGUGCAAGGCAUUGGAGGAGUGCAAGGCAUUGGAGGAGUGCAAGGCAUUGGAGGAGUGCAAGGCAGUUGGAGGAGUGCAAGGCAUUGGAGGAGUGCAAGGCAUUGGAGGAGUGCAAGGCAUUGGAGGAGUGCAAGGCAUUGGAGGAGUGCAAGGCGUUGGAGGAGUGCAAGGCGUUGGAGGAGUGCAAGGCGUUGGAGGAGUGCAAGGCAUUGGAGGAGUGCAAGGCAUUGGAGGAGUGCAAGGCAUUGGAGGAGUGCAAGGCAUUGGAGGAGUGCAAGGCAUUGGAGGAGUGCAAGGCAUUGGAGGAGUGCAAGGCAUUGGAGGAGUGCAAGGCAUUGGAGGAGUGCAAGGCAUUGGAGGAGUGCAAGGCAUUGGAGGAGUGCAAGGCAUUGGAGGAGUGCAAGGCAUUGGAGGAGUGCAAGGCAUUGGAGGAGUGCAAGGCAUUGGAGGAGUGCAAGGCAUUGGAGGAGUGCAAGGCAUUGGAGGAGUGCAAGGCAUUGGAGGAGUGCAAGGCAUUGGAGGAGUGCAAGGCAUUGGAGGAGUGCAAGGCAUUGGAGGAGUGCAAGGCAUUGGAGGAGUGCAAGGCAUUGGAGGAGUGCAAGGCAUUGGAGGAGUGCAAGGCAUUGGAGGAGUGCAAGGCAUUGGAGGAGUGCAAGGCAUUGGAGGAGUGCAAGGCAUUGGAGGAGUGCAAGGCAUUGGAGGAGUGCAAGGCAUUGGAGGAGUGCAAGGCAUUGGAGGAGUGCAAGGCAUUGGAGGAGUGCAAGGCAUUGGAGGAGUGCAAGGCAUUGGAGGAGUGCAAGGCAUUGGAGGAGUGCAAGGCAUUGGAGGAGUGCAAGGCAUUGGAGGAGUGCAAGGCAUUGGAGGAGUGCAAGGCAUUGGAGGAGUGCAAGGCAUUGGAGGAGUGCAAGGCAUUGGAGGAGUGCAAGGCAUUGGAGGAGUGCAAGGCAUUGGAGGAGUGCAAGGCAUUGGAGGAGUGCAAGGCAUUGGAGGAGUGCAAGGCAUUGGAGGAGUGCAAGGCAUUGGAGGAGUGCAAGGCAUUGGAGGAGUGCAAGGCAUUGGAGGAGUGCAAGGCAUUGGAGGAGUGCAAGGCAUUGGAGGAGUGCAAGGCAUUGGAGGAGUGCAAGGCAUUGGAGGAGUGCAAGGCAUUGGAGGAGUGCAAGGCAUUGGAGGAGUGCAAGGCAUUGGAGGAGUGCAAGGCAUUGGAGGAGUGCAAGGCAUUGGAGGAGUGCAAGGCAUUGGAGGAGUGCAAGGCAUUGGAGAGUGCAAGGCAUUGGAGGAGUGCAAGGCAUUGGAGGAGUGCAAGGCAUUGGAGGAGUGCAAGGCAUUGGAGGAGUGCAAGGCAUUGGAGGAGUGCAAGGCAUUGGAGGAGUGCAAGGCAUUGGAGGAGUGCAAGGCAUUGGAGGAGUGCAAGGCAUUGGAGGAGUGCAAGGCAUUGGAGGAGUGCAAGGCAUUGGAGGAGUGCAAGGCAUUGGAGGAGUGCAAGGCAUUGGAGGAGUGCAAGGCAUUGGAGGAGUGCAAGGCAUUGGAGGAGUGCAAGGCAUUGGAGGAGUGCAAGGCAUUGGAGGAGUGCAAGGCAUUGGAGGAGUGCAAGGCAUUGGAGGAGUGCAAGGCAUUGGAGGAGUGCAAGGCAUUGGAGGAGUGCAAGGCAUUGGAGGAGUGCAAGGCAUUGGAGGAGUGCAAGGCAUUGGAGGAGUGCAAGGCAUUGGAGGAGUGCAAGGCAUUGGAGGAGUGCAAGGCAUUGGAGGAGUGCAAGGCAUUGGAGGAGUGCAAGGCAUUGGAGGAGUGCAAGGCAUUGGAGGAGUGCAAGGCAUUGGAGGAGUGCAAGGCAUUGGAGGAGUGCAAGGCAUUGGAGGAGUGCAAGGCAUUGGAGGAGUGCAAGGCAGUUGGAGGAGUGCAAGGCGUUGGAGGAGUGCAAGGCAUUGGAGGAGUGCAAGGCAUUGGAGGAGUGCAAGGCAUUGGAGGAGUGCAAGGCAUUGGAGGAGUGCAAGGCAUUGGAGGAGUGCAAGGCAUUGGAGGAGUGCAAGGCAUUGGAGGAGUGCAAGGCAUUGGAGGAGUGCAAGGCAUUGGAGGAGUGCAAGGCAUUGGAGGAGUGCAAGGCAUUGGAGGAGUGCAAGGCAUUGGAGGAGUGCAAGGCAUUGGAGGAGUGCAAGGCAUUGGAGGAGUGCAAGGCAUUGGAGGAGUGCAAGGCAUUGGAGGAGUGCAAGGCAUUGGAGGAGUGCAAGGCAUUGGAGGAGUGCAAGGCAUUGGAGGAGUGCAAGGCAUUGGAGGAGUGCAAGGCAUUGGAGGAUUGGAGGAGUGCAAGGCAUUGGAGGAGUGCAAGGCAUUGGAGGAGUGCAAGGCAUUGGAGGAGUGCAAGGCAUUGGAGGAGUGCAAGGCAUUGGAGGAGUGCAAGGCAUUGGAGGAGUGCAAGGCAUUGGAGGAGUGCAAGGCAUUGGAGGAGUGCAAGGCAUUGGAGGAGUGCAAGGCAUUGGAGGAGUGCAAGGCAUUGGAGGAGUGCAAGGCAUUGGAGGAGUGCAAGGCAUUGGAGGAGUGCAAGGCAUUGGAGGAGUGCAAGGCAUUGGAGGAGUGCAAGGCAUUGGAGGAGUGCAAGGCAUUGGAGGAGUGCAAGGCAUUGGAGGAGUGCAAGGCAUUGGAGGAGUGCAAGGCAUUGGAGGAGUGCAAGGCAUUGGAGGAGUGCAAGGCAUUGGAGGAGUGCAAGGCAUUGGAGGAGUGCAAGGCAUUGGAGGAGUGCAAGGCAUUGGAGGAGUGCAAGGCAGUUGGAGGAGUGCAAGGCAUUGGAGGAGUGCAAGGCAUUGGAGGAGUGCAAGGCAUUGGAGGAGUGCAAGGCAUUGGAGGAGUGCAAGGCAUUGGAGGAGUGCAAGGCAUUGGAGGAGUGCAAGGCAUUGGAGGAGUGCAAGGCAUUGGAGGAGUGCAAGGCGUUGGAGGAGUGCAAGGCAUUGGAGGAGUGCAAGGCAUUGGAGGAGUGCAAGGCAUUGGAGGAGUGCAAGGCAUUGGAGGAGUGCAAGGCAUUGGAGGAGUGCAAGGCAUUGGAGGAGUGCAAGGCAUUGGAGGAGUGCAAGGCAUUGGAGGAGUGCAAGGCAUUGGAGGAGUGCAAGGCAUUGGAGGAGUGCAAGGCAUUGGAGGAGUGCAAGGCAUUGGAGGAGUGCAAGGCAUUGGAGGAGUGCAAGGCAUUGGAGGAGUGCAAGGCAUUGGAGGAGUGCAAGGCAUUGGAGGAGUGCAAGGCAUUGGAGGAGUGCAAGGCAUUGGAGGAGUGCAAGGCAUUGGAGGAGUGCAAGGCAUUGGAGGAGUGCAAGGCAUUGGAGGAGUGCAAGGCAUUGGAGGAGUGCAAGGCAUUGGAGGAGUGCAAGGCAUUGGAGGAGUGCAAGGCAUUGGAGGAGUGCAAGGCAUUGGAGGAGUGCAAGCAUUGGAGGAGUGCAAGGCAUUGGAGGAGUGCAAGGCAUUGGAGGAGUGCAAGGCAUUGGAGGAGUGCAAGGCAUUGGAGGAGUGCAAGGCAUUGGAGGAGUGCAAGGCAUUGGAGGAGUGCAAGGCAUUGGAGGAGUGCAAGGCAUUGGAGGAGUGCAAGGCAUUGGAGGAGUGCAAGGCAUUGGAGGAGUGCAAGGCAUUGGAGGAGUGCAAGGCAUUGGAGGAGUGCAAGGCAUUGGAGGAGUGCAAGGCAUUGGAGGAGUGCAAGGCAUUGGAGGAGUGCAAGGCAUUGGAGGAGUGCAAGGCGUUGGAGGAGUGCAAGGCGUUGGAGGAGUGCAAGGCGUUGGAGGAGUGCAAGGCAUUGGAGGAGUGCAAGGCAUUGGAGGAGUGCAAGGCAUUGGAGGAGUGCAAGGCAUUGGAGGAGUGCAAGGCAUUGGAGGAGUGCAAGGCAUUGGAGGAGUGCAAGGCAUUGGAGGAGUGCAAGGCAUUGGAGGAGUGCAAGGCAUUGGAGGAGUGCAAGGCAUUGGAGGAGUGCAAGGCAUUGGAGGAGUGCAAGGCAUUGGAGGAGUGCAAGGCAUUGGAGGAGUGCAAGGCAUUGGAGGAGUGCAAGGCAUUGGAGGAGUGCAAGGCAUUGGAGGAGUGCAAGGCAUUGGAGGAGUGCAAGGCGUUGGAGGAGUGCAAGGCGUUGGAGGAGUGCAAGGCGUUGGAGGAGUGCAAGGCGUUGGAGGAGUGCAAGGCAUUGGAGGAGUGCAAGGCAUUGGAGGAGUGCAAGGCAUUGGAGGAGUGCAAGGCAUUGGAGGAGUGCAAGGCAUUGGAGGAGUGCAAGGCAUUGGAGGAGUGCAAGGCAUUGGAGGAGUGCAAGGCAUUGGAGGAGUGCAAGGCAUUGGAGGAGUGCAAGGCAUUGGAGGAGUGCAAGGCAGCAUUGGAGGAGUGCAAGGCAUUGGAGGAGUGCAAGGCAUUGGAGGAGUGCAAGGCAUUGGAGGAGUGCAAGGCAUUGGAGGAGUGCAAGGCGUUGGAGGAGUGCAAGGCGUUGGAGGAGUGCAAGGCAUUGGAGGAGUGCAAGGCAUUGGAGGAGUGCAAGGCAUUGGAGGAGUGCAAGGCAUUGGAGGAGUGCAAGGCAUUGGAGGAGUGCAAGGCAUUGGAGGAGUGCAAGGCAUUGGAGGAGUGCAAGGCAUUGGAGGAGUGCAAGGCAUUGGAGGAGUGCAAGGCAUUGGAGGAGUGCAAGGCGUUGGAGGAGUGCAAGGCGUUGGAGGAGUGCAAGGCAUUGGAGGAGUGCAAGGCAUUGGAGGAGUGCAAGGCAUUGGAGGAGUGCAAGGCAUUGGAGGAGUGCAAGGCAUUGGAGGAGUGCAAGGCAUUGGAGGAGUGCAAGGCAUUGGAGGAGUGCAAGGCAUUGGAGGAGUGCAAGGCAUUGGAGGAGUGCAAGGCAUUGGAGGAGUGCAAGGCAUUGGAGGAGUGCAAGGCAUUGGAGGAGUGCAAGGCAUUGGAGGAGUGCAAGGCAUUGGAGGAGUGCAAGGCAUUGGAGGAGUGCAAGGCAUUGGAGGAGUGCAAGGCAUUGGAGGAGUGCAAGGCAUUGGAGGAGUGCAAGGCAUUGGAGGAGUGCAAGGCAUUGGAGGAGUGCAAGGCAUUGGAGGAGUGCAAGGCGUUGGAGGAGUGCAAGGCGUUGGAGGAGUGCAAGGCGUUGGAGGAGUGCAAGGCAUUGGAGGAGUGCAAGGCAUUGGAGGAGUGCAAGGCAUUGGAGGAGUGCAAGGCAUUGGAGGAGUGCAAGGCAUUGGAGGAGUGCAAGGCAUUGGAGGAGUGCAAGGCAUUGGAGGAGUGCAAGGCAUUGGAGGAGUGCAAGGCAUUGGAGGAGUGCAAGGCAUUGGAGGAGUGCAAGGCAUUGGAGGAGUGCAAGGCAUUGGAGGAGUGCAAGGCAUUGGAGGAGUGCAAGGCAUUGGAGGAGUGCAAGGCAUUGGAGGAGUGCAAGGCAUUGGAGGAGUGCAAGGCAUUGGAGGAGUGCAAGGCGUUGGAGGAGUGCAAGGCGUUGGAGGAGUGCAAGGCGUUGGAGGAGUGCAAGGCAUUGGAGGAGUGCAAGGCAUUGGAGGAGUGCAAGGCAUUGGAGGAGUGCAAGGCAUUGGAGGAGUGCAAGGCAUUGGAGGAGUGCAAGGCAUUGGAGGAGUGCAAGGCAUUGGAGGAGUGCAAGGCAUUGGAGGAGUGCAAGGCAUUGGAGGAGUGCAAGGCAUUGGAGGAGUGCAAGGCAUUGGAGGAGUGCAAGGCGUUGGAGGAGUGCAAGGCAUUGGAGGAGUGCAAGGCAUUGGAGGAGUGCAAGGCAUUGGAGGAGUGCAAGGCAUUGGAGGAGUGCAAGGCAUUGGAGGAGUGCAAGGCAUUGGAGGAGUGCAAGGCAUUGGAGGAGUGCAAGGCAUUGGAGGAGUGCAAGGCAUUGGAGGAGUGCAAGGCAUUGGAGGAGUGCAAGGCAUUGGAGGAGUGCAAGGCAUUGGAGGAGUGCAAGGCAUUGGAGGAGUGCAAGGCGUUGGAGGAGUGCAAGGCGUUGGAGGAGUGCAAGGCAUUGGAGGAGUGCAAGGCAUUGGAGGAGUGCAAGGCAUUGGAGGAGUGCAAGGCAUUGGAGGAGUGCAAGGCAUUGGAGGAGUGCAAGGCAUUGGAGGAGUGCAAGGCAUUGGAGGAGUGCAAGGCGUUGGAGGAGUGCAAGGCGUUGGAGGAGUGCAAGGCGUUGGAGGAGUGCAAGGCAUUGGAGGAGUGCAAGGCAUUGGAGGAGUGCAAGGCAUUGGAGGAGUGCAAGGCAUUGGAGGAGUGCAAGGCAUUGGAGGAGUGCAAGGCAUUGGAGGAGUGCAAGGCAUUGGAGGAGUGCAAGGCAUUGGAGGAGUGCAAGGCAUUGGAGGAGUGCAAGGCAUUGGAGGAGUGCAAGGCAUUGGAGGAGUGCAAGGCAUUGGAGGAGUGCAAGGCAUUGGAGGAGUGCAAGGCAUUGGAGGAGUGCAAGGCAUUGGAGGAGUGCAAGGCGUUGGAGGAGUGCAAGGCGUUGGAGGAGUGCAAGGCGUUGGAGGGAGUUGGAGGAGUGCAAGGCAUUGGAGGAGUGCAAGGCAUUGGAGGAGUGCAAGGCAUUGGAGGAGUGCAAGGCAUUGGAGGAGUGCAAGGCAUUGGAGGAGUGCAAGGCAUUGGAGGAGUGCAAGGCAUUGGAGGAGUGCAAGGCAUUGGAGGAGUGCAAGGCAUUGGAGGAGUGCAAGGCAUUGGAGGAGUGCAAGGCAUUGGAGGAGUGCAAGGCAUUGGAGGAGUGCAAGGCAUUGGAGGAGUGCAAGGCAUUGGAGGAGUGCAAGGCAUUGGAGGAGUGCAAGGCAUUGGAGGAGUGCAAGGCAUUGGAGGAGUGCAAGGCAUUGGAGGAGUGCAAGGCAUUGGAGGAGUGCAAGGCAUUGGAGGAGUGCAAGGCAUUGGAGGAGUGCAAGGCAUUGGAGGAGUGCAAGGCAUUGGAGGAGUGCAAGGCAUUGGAGGAGUGCAAGGCAUUGGAGGAGUGCAAGGCAUUGGAGGAGUGCAAGGCAUUGGAGGAGUGCAAGGCAAGGCAUUGGAGGAGUGCAAGGCAUUGGAGGAGUGCAAGGCAUUGGAGGAGUGCAAGGCAUUGGAGGAGUGCAAGGCAUUGGAGGAGUGCAAGGCAUUGGAGGAGUGCAAGGCAUUGGAGGAGUGCAAGGCAUUGGAGGAGUGCAAGGCAUUGGAGGAGUGCAAGGCAUUGGAGGAGUGCAAGGCAUUGGAGGAGUGCAAGGCAUUGGAGGAGUGCAAGGCAUUGGAGGAGUGCAAGGCAUUGGAGGAGUGCAAGGCAUUGGAGGAGUGCAAGGCAUUGGAGGAGUGCAAGGCAUUGGAGGAGUGCAAGGCAUUGGAGGAGUGCAAGGCAUUGGAGGAGUGCAAGGCAUUGGAGGAGUGCAAGGCAUUGGAGGAGUGCAAGGCAUUGGAGGAGUGCAAGGCAUUGGAGGAGUGCAAGGCAUUGGAGGAGUGCAAGGCAUUGGAGGAGUGCAAGGCAUUGGAGGAGUGCAAGGCAUUGGAGGAGUGCAAGGCAUUGGAGGAGUGCAAGGCAUUGGAGGAGUGCAAGGCAUUGGAGGAGUGCAAGGCAUUGGAGGAGUGCAAGGCAUUGGAGGAGUGCAAGGCAUUGGAGGAGUGCAAGGCAUUGGAGGAGUGCAAGGCAUUGGAGGAGUGCAAGGCAUUGGAGGAGUGCAAGGCAUUGGAGGAGUGCAAGGCGUUGGAGGAGUGCAAGGCGUUGGAGGAGUGCAAGGCAUUGGAGGAGUGCAAGGCAUUGGAGGAGUGCAAGGCAUUGGAGGAGUGCAAGGCAUUGGAGGAGUGCAAGGCAUUGGAGGAGUGCAAGGCAUUGGAGGAGUGCAAGGCAUUGGAGGAGUGCAAGGCAUUGGAGGAGUGCAAGGCAUUGGAGGAGUGCAAGGCGUUGGAGGAGUGCAAGGCAUUGGAGGAGUGCAAGGCAUUGGAGGAGUGCAAGGCAUUGGAGGAGUGCAAGGCAUUGGAGGAGUGCAAGGCAUUGGAGGAGUGCAAGGCAUUGGAGGAGUGCAAGGCAUUGGAGGAGUGCAAGGCAUUGGAGGAGUGCAAGGCAUUGGAGGAGUGCAAGGCAUUGGAGGAGUGCAAGGCAUUGGAGGAGUGCAAGGCAUUGGAGGAGUGCAAGGCAUUGGAGGAGUGCAAGGCAUUGGAGGAGUGCAAGGCAUUGGAGGAGUGCAAGGCAUUGGAGGAGUGCAAGGCAUUGGAGGAGUGCAAGGCAUUGGAGGAGUGCAAGGCAUUGGAGGAGUGCAAGGCAUUGGAGGAGUGCAAGGCAUUGGAGGAGUGCAAGGCAUUGGAGGAGUGCAAGGCAUUGGAGGAGUGCAAGGCAUUGGAGGAGUGCAAGGCAUUGGAGGAGUGCAAGGCAUUGGAGGAGUGCAAGGCAUUGGAGGAGUGCAAGGCAUUGGAGGAGUGCAAGGCAUUGGAGGAGUGCAAGGCAUUGGAGGAGUGCAAGGCAUUGGAGGAGUGCAAGGCAUUGGAGGAGUGCAAGGCAUUGGAGGAGUGCAAGGCAUUGGAGGAGUGCAAGGCAUUGGAGGAGUGCAAGGCAUUGGAGGAGUGCAAGGCAUUGGAGGAGUGCAAGGCAUUGGAGGAGUGCAAGGCAUUGGAGGAGUGCAAGGCAUUGGAGGAGUGCAAGGCGUUGGAGGAGUGCAAGGCAUUGGAGGAGCACUUGGAGGAGUGCAAGGCAUUGGAGGAGUGCAAGGCGUUGGAGGAGUGCAAGGCGUUGGAGGAGUGCAAGGCGUUGGAGGAGUGCAAGGCGUUGGAGGAGUGCAAGGCGUUGGAGGAGUGCAAGGCAUUGGAGGAGUGCAAGGCAUUGGAGGAGUGCAAGGCAUUGGAGGAGUGCAAGGCAUUGGAGGAGUGCAAGGCAUUGGAGGAGUGCAAGGCAUUGGAGGAGUGCAAGGCAUUGGAGGAGUGCAAGGCAUUGGAGGAGUGCAAGGCAUUGGAGGAGUGCAAGGCAUUGGAGGAGUGCAAGGCAUUGGAGGAGUGCAAGGCAUUGGAGGAGUGCAAGGCAUUGGAGGAGUGCAAGGCAUUGGAGGAGUGCAAGGCAUUGGAGGAGUGCAAGGCAUUGGAGGAGUGCAAGGCAUUGGAGGAGUGCAAGGCAUUGGAGGAGUGCAAGGCAUUGGAGGAGUGCAAGGCAUUGGAGGAGUGCAAGGCAUUGGAGGAGUGCAAGGCAUUGGAGGAGUGCAAGGCAUUGGAGGAGUGCAAGGCAUUGGAGGAGUGCAAGGCAUUGGAGGAGUGCAAGGCAUUGGAGGAGUGCAAGGCGUUGGAGGAGUGCAAGGCGUUGGAGGAGUGCAAGGCGUUGGAGGAGUGCAAGGCAUUGGAGGAGUGCAAGGCAUUGGAGGAGUGCAAGGCAUUGGAGGAGUGCAAGGCAUUGGAGGAGUGCAAGGCGUUGGAGGAGUGCAAGGCGUUGGAGGAGUGCAAGGCAUUGGAGGAGUGCAAGGCAUUGGAGGAGUGCAAGGCAUUGGAGGAGUGCAAGGCAUUGGAGGAGUGCAAGGCAUUGGAGGAGUGCAAGGCAUUGGAGGAGUGCAAGGCAUUGGAGGAGUGCAAGGCAUUGGAGGAGUGCAAGGCAUUGGAGGAGUGCAAGGCAUUGGAGGAGUGCAAGGCAUUGGAGGAGUGCAAGGCAUUGGAGGAGUGCAAGGCAUUGGAGGAGUGCAAGGCAUUGGAGGAGUGCAAGGCAUUGGAGGAGUGCAAGGCAUUGGAGGAGUGCAAGGCAUUGGAGGAGUGCAAGGCAUUGGAGGAGUGCAAGGCAUUGGAGGAGUGCAAGGCAUUGGAGGAGUGCAAGGCAUUGGAGGAGUGCAAGGCAUUGGAGGAGUGCAAGGCAUUGGAGGAGUGCAAGGCAUUGGAGGAGUGCAAGGCAUUGGAGGAGUGCAAGGCGUUGGAGGAGUGCAAGGCAGCAUUGGAGGAGUGCAAGGCAUUGGAGGAGUGCAAGGCAUUGGAGGAGUGCAAGGCAUUGGAGGAGUGCAAGGCAUUGGAGGAGUGCAAGGCGUUGGAGGAGUGCAAGGCGUUGGAGGAGUGCAAGGCGUUGGAGGAGUGCAAGGCGUUGGAGGAGUGCAAGGCGUUGGAGGAGUGCAAGGCAUUGGAGGAGUGCAAGGCAUUGGAGGAGUGCAAGGCAUUGGAGGAGUGCAAGGCAUUGGAGGAGUGCAAGGCAUUGGAGGAGUGCAAGGCAUUGGAGGAGUGCAAGGCAUUGGAGGAGUGCAAGGCAUUGGAGGAGUGCAAGGCAUUGGAGGAGUGCAAGGCAUUGGAGGAGUGCAAGGCAUUGGAGGAGUGCAAGGCAUUGGAGGAGUGCAAGGCAUUGGAGGAGUGCAAGGCAUUGGAGGAGUGCAAGGCAUUGGAGGAGUGCAAGGCAUUGGAGGAGUGCAAGGCAUUGGAGGAGUGCAAGGCAUCGGAGGAGUGCAAGGCAUUGGAGGAGUGCAAGGCAUUGGAGGAGUGCAAGGCAUUGGAAGAGUGCAAGGCAUUGGAGGAGUGCAAGGCGUUGGAGGAGUGCAAGGCGUUGGAGGAGCGAACAAGUUUGCAUGCCUCUUAUUUAGGCGCUGUAGAAAUAUGGGAUUGGUUUUAA